AUGCCUCCUAGUGCUUCCAUCCAGAACACAUGGGUUGGCCGACAUGUGUCCUUCUUUGCUCAUGUGUUUGUUCCUACGAGGAAAUGUCACACAGUGUUUACUGAAGUCCUUUGUAGCCUCGCUACGACUCGAUUACACUCGCUGCUGACCGAAACGUGCCUUGCUGGGUCACUAUGCAUGUCCCUGCAGCUCAUGCCCAAAGAGCAUUCCGGCCCUUCUGGCGGCCUCGAGGGCCGAACCAUCGAUGUCGGCAAUGUGAAAGUGCACGUCCGGGAAGCCAUUGCCGAGGGUGGCUUCUCGUGCGUGUACCUCGCCCGAGACCUGACCAACCCGGCGAAGCAGUACGCGCUCAAGCAUGUCAUUGUCCAUGACAAGGAGUCGCUGGACCUGGUGCAGAAGGAGAUCACGGUGAUGAGGGCGCUCAAGGGGCACCCGAACGUGGUCACUCUCGUCGCGCAUGCCAUACUGGAUAUGGGCCGUGGGAGGGAGGCACUUCUGCUGAUGGAGUUCUGCGAGAGAUCGCUGGUUUCUGCCUUGGACACUAGAGGUACUGCAGGGUUCUAUGAUGAGGAGCAGGUUGCUCUCAUUUUCCGGGAUGUUUGCAAUGCGGUCUUCGCGAUGCACUGCCAGACACCACCUGUUGCUCACAGUCUGAUCCUUCAAGAAAUUGCUACGUCUAUCUUCAUUAUAGAGGCAUCACAGCAAAUCUAUUCAAUGCGCAGGGACCUAAAGGCUGAAAAUGUGCUUCUUGGUGCUGACGGGGCUUGGAAAUUAUGUGAUUUUGGUAGUGUAUCAACAAACCAUAAGUGCUUUGAUAAACCAGAGGAGAGGGGCAUUGAAGAAGAUGUCAUCAGAAAACAUACAACUCCUGCUUAUAGGGCUCCUGAGAUGUGGGACUUAUACAGGAGGGAAGUUAUUAGUGAGAAAGUAGAUAUAUGGGCUCUUGGAUGUCUCAUGUAUAGAAUCUGCUACUUAAAAUCAGCUUUUGAUGGAGAAUCAAAGCUUCAGAUCCUCAAUGGGAACUAUCGUAUCCCUGAAUUACCGAAGUACUGUUCUUCCAUUACAAGUCUGAUCGAAGAGAUGCUUCAGUCCUCUCCAGAUGCCAGACCAGACAUUACACAGGCAAGGGCUUUGCUUGAUUGGCCAUUCACUUUCAUGAAUUUAGGACCCUCUCCAUCAUGGUCAAGAGACAAUGUGAGAAGUACACCUCCGAAAGGCCCUUCCAGUUUGAGGUCACAAGUUCCUGUUGAGAGUAAGGGUUCUGCAGGUGCAUUUUGGUCAACUCAACAUGCACAAGAACUAGCUUUUGCGGAUGACAAGGGGUCAGUUCUAGAUCAAGAGCCCAUAUAUGAUGGCAUAACAAAGCAACCUCAGGCAAAGAACCAGAACACGACACGGAAUGCAUACAGACAGUCUCUUUCUGCUUCUGUUGAUAGUUCUCCUGGGGAUUUUGAAAUAAGGUUUUCUCCAAAUGGUUCAGAAUAUGGCCUAGAGAAAACCCAAAACACUAAACCAGAUAACAAAACCAGUGCACAGACUGCUACUUUUAGCUCCUUUGUGGCAGACUUUGAUAAUGUUAAGGUGAGCUCAGAGGACAAUGCCGGCAGUUUAAACACGACAAGUAAAUUGAAAGAACAACAGCUGGAGGCCGAAGUAACUUUACUCAAGGAGCAAUUGAAGAUAGCAAACUUGGAGAAGGAAGAAAUUUCACUGAAGUUUGAUAGAUUGUCAGCCAUUUGCUCCUCUCAGAGGCGGGAGAUACAGGAACUUAAACAAGCUCUAGCCACAGCUUCUGCACCAGCGCCAGUUAAGGAGUUGAAAGAAAAUUUGAAGGCUGAAUUCUCCCCACCCAGCACAAGCCUUGACACUCCGCCAAGGGAGAAGAUUGCAGGAACCCCACCAGAGCUCCGGCAAGGUCUAUUUACAUCAAGUCCAGGGACACCAAGCCCAGAUCCCAAGCCAUGGUCCGCUUUUCCUGAAGAGCCGAAAGCUCAAGCAGUUGUAAAAUGUGCCCGCCCGAGGUCGGUCCGAACUUUAAGGGCAUCACAAAGCAACAAAACCGGCUCGCUUAGUCAGUCAAAAGCAAACUCUGGUGCCGUCCCCUUUGCCUUCGGUCAAGAUAGCUUUAAGGCUGUACCUUCUGGCACCGUGCCUUCUGAGAUGUCAAAUUUGGGGAAUGCUUCUCAGUCCCUCAACACUCUGAAGGCUGAAGUGGAGAAAGAUGCACCCUACCAACCAGCUGGAUGGACUGGGUUUUAA